CGCGUUCAGUGCUGCUGACCCCAGUCCUAGGCCGUUGACCCGGGAAACUCGCAAGUCAUCGAUCGACCAGAUCAAACGAUCUCAACCUCGCUCGCCGUACCCCCAAGUCUUCGCUUCCUGCUCCACCGGACCCCGUCUCUCAGAAGAAAAAGGAUCAAGUCGCCAACAUCAACAAAAUGUCCGCUCCCGCUGAACAACGAGGAGGAUUCGGUCGUGGUGCCGCCAGGGGUGGUGACCGAGGUCGAGGUGGCCGAGGCAGGGGUCGACGAGGUCCCCGAAAGGACGAGGACAAGCCUUGGCAACCCGUGACCAAGCUCGGUCGUUUGGUGAACGACGGCAAGAUCAAGUCGAUGGAGGAGAUCUACCUCUUCUCCCUCCCCAUCAAGGAGUACCAGAUCGUCGACAAGUUCCUCCCCGGUUUGAAGGACGAGGUCAUGUCGAUCGCUCCCGUCCAGAAGCAGACUUCGGCCGGUCAGCGAACCCGAUUCAAGGCUUUCGUUGCUGUCGGUGACUUUGACGGUCACGUCGGUCUCGGAGUCAAGUGCGCCAAGGAGGUCGCCACCGCCAUCAGGGGUGCCAUCAUUGUUGCCAAGUUGUCGGUCGUCCCCGUCAGGAGGGGAUACUGGGGUAACCACAUCCAGGAGCCUCACACCGUUCCCUGCAAGGUCUCCGGAAAGUCCGGAUCCGUCAUGUGUCGAUUGGUCCCCGCUCCCCGAGGAACCGACAUUGUGGCCGCCCCCGCCUCGAAACGUCUCCUCCAGAUGGCCGGAGUUAAGGACUGCUACACCCAGUCUACCGGAUCCACCUCGACCCAGGGUAACUUCUUGAAGGCCACCCUCGCCGCCAUCGCCAAGACUUACGAGUUCUUGAGCCCCGACUUGUGGAAGGUCAUCGAGCCCGGUCAGACCCCUUACGACGAGUUCUCGGGUCACUUGCAGGUCGGAAGCAAGAAGGCCAACUACUAGGCUGCUCUUGCCUCGUUGAGAGGAAGAGUCUGCUAGUGGUGCUUUCGUGGACGAGUUUGUAAUGGUCUAGAUCCCGCCCGCGCGGACAAGAAUGGUAUUGUUCGCCGGCUUCACUCGUUGAGAACGUCUGCCGUGGUUUUCGAAUCAAUCUCUCGUGAUUUCCUAGGCUCGCGGCUUAUUAUUAAGGACAUCGCGUCAUUAACGGGGCGGCAGGCUCACUAACAGACGUCUGCUCGUGCCAGCCGCGAUCUUUCGAGGAGCGAGUCGUCAUUUUCGGUCAUGUCUCUAGUUGUGUCUCGAGAUGACAGCGCAUUGCCCAUGGCCCAUGGUAUUCUUGUGUAACAGGAGUUCUGCGGUGUGAAACGUCUCUUGAUGCCGUCCUCGCAGUAUGGCCGCGUCACGCGAGUCGUCAGCCGAACAAAAGGUCCCUCGACUCGGCAGAACGAGGUCGAUACUGGCUCAAUUGUCAUGCAGUUGGCA